GAGGAGAGGAGAGGAGAGCGUCAGGAGCGGAGAGAGGAAGGGAGGAGAGAAGAGAGAGAGUGGGAGGGGGGGCAUGCCAGGGAAGGAGAGCGAGCGUCGGCCCAAAUAAAGACAUGGGGGGCCUGGGAGGGGCUGGGCCCCUCUGACUAUAUAAACGCUGGCUGUCUGGAGGGUCGGGUUUGGUGGUCGGGGAUUAGGACCAGUAACCGCCGCCGUCGCAGCUGCCGCCGCACCGUCCGUCCUCAGGGGACUCCCUUCAGCCGUCUCAGCAUCCUGGUCCUCAUCUUCCUCUUCGUCCUCCUGGUCUUCGUCCCUGUGGCCCAGUGCCAGGGCGCUCCCCAGAGCCAGCAUGCCGCGCGUGGACUCGGACCUGAAGCUGGACUUCAAAGAUGUCCUCUUCAGACCCAAGCGGAGCAGCCUCCGAAGCCGCUCGGAGGUGGAUCUCCAGAGGACCUUCACAUUCCGUAACUCCAAGCAGACCUACACGGGCAUCCCCAUCAUCGCCGCCAACAUGGACACCACCGGGACCUUCGAGAUGGCACGGGUCCUCAGUAAGCACACCCUCUUCACAGCCAUUCAUAAGCACUACACUAUAGAGGAAUGGAAAAACUUUGCCGGCAGCUACCCAGAAUGCAUUGAGCACCUGGCCGUGAGCUCCGGCAGUGGCCAGGCCGACCUGGAGAAGCUGUGUCAGAUCGUGGAGGCUGUGCCCUCUCUCAAGUACAUCUGUCUGGACGUCGCCAACGGAUACUCAGAGUAUUUCGUGGAAUUUGUCAAGACUGUCCGGGGGAAGUUCCCACAACACACCAUCAUGGCUGGCAACGUGGUGACAGGGGAGAUGGUGGAGGAGCUAAUCCUGUCAGGUGCUGACAUCAUCAAAGUGGGCAUCGGGCCAGGAUCUGUGUGUACAACGCGCAUCAAGACCGGGGUGGGAUACCCCCAGCUCAGUGCUGUCAUAGAGUGUGCUGACUCCGCCCACGGACUCAAGGGCCACAUCAUCUCUGAUGGUGGCUGCAGUUGCCCUGGUGAUGUGGCUAAGGCUUUUGGGGCCGGCGCUGACUUCGUGAUGAUGGGGGGCAUGCUGGCGGGCCACGAACAGUGCACCGGCGAGGUCAUCGAGAGAGACGGCAAGAAGUACAAGAUGUUCUACGGCAUGAGCUCCGACACCGCCAUGAAGAAAUACGUCGGGGGCGUCGCCGAAUAUAGGGCGUCGGAGGGGCGGACGGUGGAGGUGGCCUACCGGGGGGACGUGGAGCACACGGUGCUGGACGUCCUGGGGGUGCGCUCCACCUGCACCUACGUGGGCGCGGCCAAGCUGAAGGAGCUUAGCCGCCGCACCACCUUCAUCAGGGUCACACAGCAGUCCAGCCACAUGUUCGGCUAGCGCCCAGCGCGACCGCGGGUACGAGAACGGCGUCCGUACGUCAAUUUGUGUAAUGUGUGUGUGUGUGUGUGUGUGUGUGUAAGUGUGGGUGUGUGUGUGUGUGUGUGUGUGUGUGU